AUGGAUCUUGUGGAAUGGCACCGACCAAGUAUUUUUGUGAUCACUGAAACACGCAUUGAUGGCCAGCGUGCUGAUGAUAUUAUUAGGAGGCUUCCUUUUGACGGGGCAUAUUCUACUAAAACCAUUGGAUACGCAGGAAGCAUUUGGCUGCUGUGGCGCUCGGAUUUCGUGGAUAUGGACAUUCUAUCGACCACUAAACAGGAGAUUCAUGCCAUUGUCCAAGUUAGGUCUCUUUCUCAAUCUUGGCUAUUAAGUGCAAUUUAUGGGGAUUUUAAUGAUGUAACUAGGGAAGAGGAGAAAUCGGGUGGAAAUGGAAUAUGUAGUAGGAGGGUUUCUAAGUAUACUAGCUGUAUGGAUUUUUGCAAUCUCAUUAACUUGGGAUUCACAUGGGCAAAGUUUACGUGGACGAAUCGGAGGGAAUUAUCUGAUCUUAUUCAACAAAGACUAGAUAGAGUUUGGUUGAAUUUAGAAUGGAAUGUGUGUUUUCUUGAGGCUUUUGUUUCCCAUUUAGCUCGUAUCAAUUUAGAUCAUUGUCCUCUCCUUUUGUCAAUGGUGCCUAAUCUUGGACAAAGGGGAGUGAGGCCCUUUCGAUUCCAACCUGUCUGGCUCAGCCAUGAUGGAUUCCUGAGUAUUGUUAAGGAAGCCUGGGAAGGUAAUCGUCAGAGUGUGUGCCAUGCUAUUAAUAUGUUUACUGAUAAGGCCAAAAUCUGGAAUAAGGAAGUCUUUGGGAACAUUUUCUGGAAGAAAAGAAACCUUUCUGCCAGGUUGAUGGGAGUUGAGAAGGCUUUAGCUAAUGCUCCUUCCCAACGGUUAAUUAACCUUCAUAAGGUCCUCUUAGGUGAAUUGGAGAAAAUUAUAAACCUGGAAGAAGAGCUUUGGGGCAUGAAAGCUAGGACCAAUUGCCUUAUUCAAGCUUUUAAAGCUCCUAGACCUGAUGAGAUUCAUGCUGGAUUUUUUCAAAGAUUUUGGAUGGUGGUGGAUGACUCGAUAAAGUUUGAAGUUAAGAGAAUUUUCCAAGAUAGGAAAAUCCCUUCUCUACUAAAUAAAACUCUUAUUGCUUUGAUCCCCAAGCAAUUGGGUCCUGAAAAUAUUGGCCAAUUUUUUCCUAUAAGUUUAUGCAACACUAUCUACAAGAUUGUGACUAAAAUUCUUGUUCUAAGGAUAAAUAUGCCGAAGCUUGUCUCCCCCUCCCAAACAACUUUUGUUGCUGGUAGAAGAGGAACUGAUAACUUUAUUGUGGCCCAGGAGUUACUCUAUACUCUAGAAAAGAAGAAAGGCAAAACUGGAUAUAUGAUCAUUAAGAUUGACUUAGAGAAAGCUUAUGAUCAUAUGGAAUGGAGCUUUGUGAGGAAUGUUCUUUGCAGCCUUGGAUGUCAGAAUGCUACUGCUGAGCUUAUCCUUAGUUGCAUUUCCUCCACUUCUGUUUCCCUUCUGUUUAAUGGAGAGCAACUUGAGGAAUUUGAACCUUCGAGAGGCCUUAGACAGGGAGACCCAAUCUCCCCUUACAUAUUUAUUCUGUGUAUGGAACUUCUUAGUGCUCUCAUUAAUAAGAAGUGCGAGGAUGGAGACUGGGAUAAGGUUAAAGCUUCUAGGAAUGGACUUGGGUUUUCCCACAUGUUUUUUGCAAAUGAUCUACUAUUGUUUGCAAAAGCUAACCUGGAAAACUGUGAGACCAUUUCGGAUGUUUUGGAGGAAUUUUGCUCUCUUUCAGGUCAGAAAAUCAGCAAAGAGAAGUCCAAAAUCUUCUUCUCUCUGAAUGUUUUAGAGGAGGAUUGUGCUAACAUGGUUCAACAGCUAGGUAUUCACAAAACCAAUAAUCUAGGGAAGUGUUUAGGCUUUCCAUUCAAGCAUAAAGGCAAAAAUAGGAAUCAAUUUCAGUCAGUGGUAGAUAAAUUCCAUGCUAAACUGGCUGGUUGGAAAGCUAAAUGCCUUUCACCUGCAGGAAGAGUUGAUAAGCUUACCAGAGAUUUUCUUUGGGGUUAUACGGAAGAGAAAAGGAAGCUCCACUUAAUUAGAUGGGAUAAAGUUACUUCCCCAACUAGCCUAGGAGGUCUUGGCAUCUUUCAAAUGAGAGCUAGGAACGCUGCCAUCCUUGCUAAGCUUUGUUGGAGGAUUGCUUCGAGCCUGGAUGCACCUUGGGCACUUAUGCUCACUUCUAAAUGUCUUACCUCUGCCAGAGUGCAAGUUCAGAUUAGUUGGAAGAAGCCUUUGGCUGGUUGGAUGAAGCUUAAUAUUGAUGGUGCUGUUUUUGGUAACUCAAUCCAGGUGAGGGGAGGAGGUGUGAUACGGGACAACAUUGGUGAAUGGGUGGCUAGGUUUGUGAGGAAGCUUGGGAGUAUGUCUAGCGUUUUGGUUGAGCUUUGGGCCCUCAAAGAUGGCCUCUUACUUGCUCGGCAACUUGAUAUUCUCAAUGUUAAUAUAGAACUUGAUGCUGAUUUGAUUUAUGAACCACCACCUGUGGUGGUUGAUUUGCUAGCUUUUGACAAAGCUGAGCUCUUUUGUAACAGAAUGGUUGUUGUUUAG